UGCCGUGAGGGGGGGAGGCUGGUGCUCAGGCCAGGCCGCGGCGGCCUCCCCCUGCCCCGAGCCGGGCGCCGUGGCCCGGGGAGGUCCCCGCCGCCCUGCCACCCCCUUAAGGCCUCCCCGCCACCCUCCCGCCAUGGCCCGGGGGGCCGGCGAGGCGGCCGCGGAGGGGGAGCUGGGAGAUGACAACCUGUCUGUAAUAACCUGUGAAUCAGAUACAGAAAUGAAGUUAAAGAAGAAAAUUUUUCACAAGCCUCCAAAGUCACCGAAGUCUCCAUACAGUUCUAGCACACAACUGUAUCCUAAAAAACCUGCAGUUUGGCGAUCUCUGCAGGGAACAAGCAGUGCACAUCUUGAGAGUGCAGCUGUAAAAAACCCAAGGCAGAUGUGGCUGGGAUCACUGAAACAAGGAGUGAGCCAUCCUCUGAAAUCAGAUGCUGGCAUGGGGCAUAUGCGAACUAACAUUUCUAGUAGCACUCCAGAAUAUUUGAAGGAAGCUCUAGGAAUGAAGAAGCCAAAACACUCUCGUUCUUCUAGUAAUGGCUACAUUCCUGGAACUCCUGACUACAAAGAAAAAGAAGAUAUGUAUGAUGAAAUUAUAGAACUGAAAAAGACAAUACAAGCUCAGAAAAAUGAGGGAGAUCGAAUGAAAACUAAGCUCCGUCGACUAGAAGAAGAGAACAAUAGAAAGGAUAAACAGAUUGAACAACUGUUGGAUCCUUCCAGGGGCUCUGAGCUGGCACGAGCUUUGUCAGAAAAGACGACUGAUAAUGGAUGGGUGGUUAGUGGAUUAAAGCAGAAGAUUCUCAAGCUAGAACAACAGUGCAAGGAGAAAGACAUCACUAUUAACAAAUUCCAGGCAGACAUGAAGACCACUAAUUUGGAAGAAAUGAGGAUAGCUAUGGAAACCUACUAUGAAGAGGUUCAUCGUCUCCAGCUCCUCCUGGCAAAAUCUGAGACUAUGAGGAAAAAUACAGAGGGCAGAGAUACCCAAAAACGACUAAAGGCACUGAAUGCUGCUGUCCUGAGAUUAUCCAGGAACAUCAAGGAGUUGCAGAAUGAGAAUCGGAGGCUGAAGGAAGAUCUAGAUCAUGUACUGAGCAGUUCUCCUCCUUCCAAUAAAACAAAAAAUUUGUUAUUGUAUUUAGAUUAUAGUGAGUGGAGCAGACAGAGGCUGGUGAGGCGGAUUUCGGAACUAGAAAAAAAAGUAUGUGCCAUGGAGAACACCAGGGUGUCAUCAGCAGAUAGUGAGUCAUCACAGUUACUUGCUGUGUCAUCUUCGCCUUCUGUAGACCUGGAUCAUCCAGCCUUUCAACAGGUAGACCGUGUUGAGGAAUGUCGUCGCCUCCAAGGGCUAGUGAAGAAACUGAAGAGUGAUAGGAAGGCACUUCAAAAUCUCCUACUCAAUAAAGAAUCAGAUAUCAAGCAGUUACUGCAGGCUAAGGCUGAAGUGGAGCUGGAGCUGCAGAAGUGGCAGAAUAAGAUGGAAGAAAAAAGUACAGAAGAGCAGACUUUAAGUGAGGAAAUCCAGAACCUGACACAGAAAGUAGGGAAACUGGAGUCAAAAUUGGAGCAACAGAAGAGUCAAAUAGCAGAAGAUACAAUGGAAAAGCUUAAUAAGUCUUCACCAGUCUGCAUGGUUAAAGGCAAAGAUGAUCACAGGAAGGAACAAGCAGCCAAAAUCAUCCAGAGACAGUGGAAGAUGUACCGAAAUAAGAAAGAAGAAAUUGCUCUGGAUGAGGCAGUUGUUAUGCUUCAGGCAGCUUUCAGAGGACAUUUAGCUCGACAGAAACUGUUACUGAAUAACAGGACGCAUGAUGCAAAAUCUCACAAGAACUCCUGCAUGUCUUCCACGUCAACCUCCUUGAGCUUGUCUUCUGAUUGCAAGGAGAAAGAUGAGAUUGUGACAUUUAUCCAGUCCAUUUUCAGGGCUCACUUAGCACGUACAGUACUGCUUGAGGAGAGUAUGUCUUUUUGCAGGCCCUCUGUGUCCAGUGCACCAAGUGAGAAAGCAGAUUCUGCAGUUUACAUUACAGAGAAGAAACCGGUCUCAGCAGCGCUCCAGAGACCUCCUUCAAGCUUCAUGUCGCCUCUUCCUGCCAGGUCCUCUGAGAAGCAAUCACAGCCUAUUCUCCCUCUGUCUGUGGAUGAAGCUCACUCAGACGAUUCAGAUGAUAUUGUCAUUGUCUCUCCGUUGUUGCAGAUGAAGAAAAACUACACCCACUUCUAAGUUUUGGUAACAGGCUCUGGUGAUCUUGAAUUAUUCGAUUCACAAAACUGUUUCUACCAAGAUAAAGCAUAUCAAAGAUGAAAAACGGGAGAUAUCAGACCCUUUUUAAUGACAAUUGUCAUUAUUUCAGCCAUAAACGAUUAAUUGUUUGAUAUGCCAUCUCUGCAGACUUUAUGGCUAAAAGCCACUGACUGACUGUUAACCUUAUCCUCCUGGUACGGAUAGAGUUUGGAUUUAAAAACUAAACCAAAACACUUUAAUAUUUUGUCUCACAAUGAGGAUUAUAAAUUCAACUGCCAAAUUUAAAUGAAAGCAAUAAAGCCUUAAGCUAUUUCAUGUCAAACAGUUUUGUUUCAGUUUGACUAAAAUAAUUUGUUUAAUUGGAAAGUGGUUAAUGACAUGGCUCCAAUUUUCAGCCCAUGUACGUGAAGGGGAACAGCUUGUAUUUGUUACUAGGUCCUCUCUUUAAAAAUUUUACUGUGUCAUAUUUUAAUAUCUUUUUUGUUUAUUUUUAUACUGAACAUUUACAGUCUGUGCAGACCUUGUAAAGGCUUUUAGAAAGCCAUUUCUUUGUCAUAGGGCUAUUCUAGGCCUACUGUAUCAGCAGGGUUUUCUUAUUUAUUGCUUUUUCCAAGCGUGCUUGCUAUGAUAUGUAUAGUACUAUUUUGUAUUUGAAAUGUCCGAACACGUAAUCAAUUUUUUGUAUUUGUCAGAGACGGUGCAUAAUAGCAGGAGUGUUCUGUGAAGGCUAUGCUUGUGACUGCUUUUUUUUUUGCUUACAUGUCACAAAUAUGAGUGGAUUAUGCAGGAUCAUCUCUAAUAUGUGAAAACAUUUGGAAUAGGAGAUAUGUCGCUGUAUGUCCUGUUUUAGUUUACGUCACUUGACUGUCUGAAACUUUCACCUAAAUAAGAGUGCUCAUACACUGAGCGCUAAGGGGUUUUCAAGUCUAAUGUUGCUUUUCUGUUGUUGAUCUCUCUUCUCAGUACUACUUUGCAUGUGCACCCAUUAUUUAUACAUAUAUACUGUAGGUGUGCACUAAGUCCAGUCACAGGCUGGGACAGCGGUCACAAUAUACACCCAUCUUCUGUCAUCAGGUGCAGCUACAAGGUUGACUGCUGGAAAGCAUGGGCACUCCCAGCUCUGUUCUGAGGGAUAUGGAUUGGGAUGAUCAUAAUAUACAAAGCCGAACCCAUGCAGUUUGGUUUAGGAACAGAAGUGAUAGGUUGGAUUAUAAGAGAAAUUAAGACUACAUCCAGAAAUAACACUAUUUGAUAAUAUUGUUGUCCAUGGAAGGACCAAAGACAUAAUGGGUUCUAGAGAAUACGGUCCGAGGGGUCUUUCCAGAUCUUUUAAUGCAGACUGUACACCUUCUUGACUGGAAGGAGGGCCUUAUAGUUCCUACUAUCAUGCCAACAUCCUUCAUAGGCAUUACAAUGUGUGGGGGUUUUUUUAAGGUGAACUAGAUAACUUAUAUGGUAUUUACUGGAAGGAGAAUUUAAUUUUACAAGCACACAGUGAAGUUUUUGUGGAGACCCUAAUGGUUCCUUUGUCAUCAAGGAGUAAUAAAGACUCCUGUAAACAGAAAGAACACUUUUAAAUAUAAGAUUUUUAUCACCUUUUCCCUCUUCUUUUUUAAAUUAAAAAUCAGUCGCCACUGUUUCACAGAAUACUAAUAAGUCAGAGCUGUCUCCGUUCUUUGAUUUCAGUGAAGCAUUAUCUGAGGCUUAUCAUAGUUCAUGCCAGUACUUGCAGCCAAAGAGGAAACUGGAUGGCUGCAGCACAAUGCAGCUGAUUUCAUUUAAUCCCAUCAGUGGAAAUGCUGCCUGUGCUAUUUCCAAAGGCAGUUUUGGGAGCUCUCCAUACCCAAAGCUGUCUGAAGAAUGUCAUUUACACUCCCAUUGGGUAAAUUUUUCCUGCUGGUACUUUGGUCACAUGACUGUCAUCUGCAGAAAGGAUAAAAAAAUACAUAAAAUAAAAGAAUAAAAGGGACAGAAUCCUCUUGGCAGAAGGUGAGACCUGUUUCCCUCUUUUGCUGGAAGUCACGUUAUGAAAGAGAGUCAUUUUGCUAAAUAAAAGCAGAGCUCUCCUGAGUUGCUUAUGUAUAAUAUUGCAAGUCUGUAACUGACUGUCAUGGAUACCUCCAGAGAGAGUAACUAGAGCUGAGGACUCUGACAUAUUAAGGGGAGAGUAUGUAAUGUGUCAGGAGCAAGAGUGAUAUAAAAUACCUACCUAGCUGUUCCUAUAGGGAAAUACUUGGACAGCAAAUAUAAUGAAGAUGACAUUCUUUUACUUCACUGUGCUGUAAUAACCAAUAUGAAAGUAUUAGGAAGUAGAUACAGAGCAGAAAGACUUGUGUUUUCACUGAGCGUAUGACUAGCAGUAGUGCUGUCAAUACACAAGUUCUGGGAUAAAGGGGAGAUAGUGUCUUGGUAUGACCCAAAGGCACAGACAAAAGUCAGGGUGAAAAGGAGCAGUUUUCUCCAUCUUCUCCAUUUUCUACUCAAUCCCAGUUUUCUGGGAUGAAUGAAGAUCUGUCUAGAGCUUCCUAAAUUUGAGUCUGCUAUCUCCUAGCUAUCAAAAAAUCUGAUACUUAACUUGAGCCGGGCUUCAAACUGCUAUCUCAGUUUGGAAGAUAACUGUAUGCUCACUGCACAUCAAAAGUUUGGUGUGGUACAGUAGAAGGAGAAACUUCCACAGUAUUAGUAGCCUUUAAUGUUGUUUCGUUAUAUACUGCAAUGGAAUGUGUUGAAGGGAGUAGUAAUUGACACUAGGUUUCAUUCUGUGGUUAUCUGUCUGAAUGCCAGCACCUGUAAAUCUGGGAAGAAGUGAGGAACAAUGAAGGACGAAAAAGUUAAUUUUGGAAUAAAUGGUGUUUUUCCUUAACAGGGAGCUGAGGACAGUAAAAAUCGGUGUGGCUCAAACCUGUCAAGACAGGCCCAAUACAAACCUACUCAAUUUCUGAAAAAUGCAUCUUCUGUAAAAAGUACUGGUGACCUUGUGGGGGCAUCAAGGUCUUGAAUUAAAAUUAAACUGCACUGCAACCUAUGUAAUCUAACAGCACACUUUCCAUUCUACUGAUAGGGGAUAAUGUUACCUACUUAAAACCUUUUGCAAUUUACAGUAGCGUUUAGUUAGAGAUCGUGUGUGAGUAUAGACUUCUGACUUUGAUGGGAUGUUACCGCUCUUGAUCUCUUUUUACCCUUAAGUGCCUACGCCUGUAAAUCUUUACUGAGGCAUCAAGACCUGAAAACUGUACUGUUUUCUGCAUAGCUAUAAAAAUAAUCCCUGCACAGGCAACUUUUAAUAUAGUCAAAAUGGAAAAGGAUUAAUCUUGGCAUAUGAGAGCACCAUUAAUUUUUAUGAUCUUUUAAAUAUUUAGAACUGUGCAAGUCUUUUAUGUAAUUUAUUUGGGGAUCUUUUAAAAACUAAAACAAUUGCAAUGUAUUUUCUCCUAAUUGUUGACCUUUCAAAUAAAGUUAAAGUUUGUAAAUUAAUUGUUCAUGCA